GUGCCAUAAAAAGACUAGUUGAAUGCAAAAAGUCAACAUUUUAAAAGUCAAACUAAUCGGUCUGAGACACCAAAUAAUUUUUCCCUUUUUUUUUGUGUAUAAAUGUUUUGGUCAAUACUAGCUCGUCGACAAAGAUUCAUUUCGAUUCCCAAACCAAACAAGAAGAACACAAAUUAGCUCGAAAGAAACAAACUCUUUUGAGAAAACAAUGGAUCCGUCGGAGUCUUUCGCCGGCGGCAAUCCUUCCGACCAACAGAACCAGAAACGUCAGCUUCAGAUCUGUGGUCCUCGUCCCUCACCUCUCAGCGUCAACAAAGACUCUCACAAGAUCAAGAAACCUCCUAAACACCCUGCUCCUCCGCCUCAGCACCGCGACCAAGCUCCGCUCUACGCCGCUAGAGAGCCGGUGGUCAUCUACGCCGUUUCCCCCAAGGUCGUCCACACCACAGCUUCGGAUUUCAUGAACGUCGUCCAGCGUCUCACCGGCAACUCCUCCGCCGUCUUCCUCGAAUCCGGUAACGGCGGAGAUGUGUCUCCGGCGGCGAGACUCGCCGCGACGGAGAAUGCUAGCCCGAGAGGAGGAAAAGAACCGGUGAUGGCGGCUAAAGAUGAGACGGUGGAGAUCGCCACGGCUAUGGAAGAAGCAGCCGAGUUCAGCUGCUAUGCGCCGGGAAUACUCUCCCCCUCUCCGGCUAUGUUACCGACAGCUUCUGCCGGAAUAUUCUCGCAGAUGACUACUCACCAAGGUGGGAUGUUCUCGCCGGGAAUGUUUUCGCCGGCGGGGUUAAUGAGCCCGUUUGGUUUUGCUAGCUUGGUUGCUUCUCCAACGUUUGCUGAUUUGUUCAGUCAUAUUUGGGAUUAGUUUUUGAUUGUAUAGCCCCAAUGAGACCAAAUCAUUGGGAGUAAGAAGAACACUCUGACAGUGAAGACUAGAAUAGCAAGUUCAGAACUUAGGAAUGGAUUUUUAUAGCGGAUAUAAUCAGCAGAGGCCACGAAAUAUAUUUCCUCCUCCAACAACAAUCGCAACCUAUGAAGAUCAAGACAGAGCAUCAUCCUUUCAGUAUAUAUGUCUAAAGCAUAAAAGAAAAAUCUCCGCCUCAUGUUUCUUGAGACAGCUCAAAUCUUAAUGCCUAAGCACUAAAAACUACUAACUGAAUCCAUAGUUACAGUAUCCAAAUCACAAAGAGAACAAAAAAAGUGUUGGAGAAUAACCUCUAUGCCAAGGCGAGUCACUGCUGCAACCUCCCUUGCAAUAGACAUUUAAGUGGUGGUUCCGAUGCUCCAUCGAAGGAAGCCAUACCAGGGAACGGAAGAGGUACGGGAGAUAGAAGACGAGGUUGAAAUUGGGGAGUAAGAAGUGAGGGGCAAGGGAGUAGCCAUUGCCGCAGAGAGUAGAGAAGAAGAGGAUUGAGAUCGAACAAGAGAUGUUUUCUAGAAGAGAAGCUGUCUCCGGCAAUAGAGGAGGGAUUUGAGUAUGUCUGCGAAGAUAAGGUCUGGUUCUUAUGUAAUUUGAACUGAUUGAUUAUUUGUCCUUCUCCCGCUUGAACAAUGUUUUGAAUCUUUUGAUGGAAUUAAAUCGAACAUAAACUAUAACACAAGGCAUAUUCUGAGCACCACCGACAACCUUGUCAUCCACUGUAUUUUUAGUCCUUAAAAUAUGUCCGAUAGCAAAGUUUAGGAACAAAUUUUUUUUCAUGUGAAUAGUGAAAGCUAUUUAUUGAUGUCAUUUUGCCAAUUAAGAAUAGUAAGUUGUAAACACCAUUUCUGUAAUAUGUUGGGUCCUCGUGCA